AUAAAUCCAUUACCAAAGCUUUAAGAUAUAUAGCACAAGGAUGGCUAAAGGAAUGAAGUCCCUAAACGCCAUUCAUGGAGCUAUCUUCUUUGUUUUAUUUGCAGUACUUAUAAACACCGCCGCUUCUGAUUCUUCACCACAACUUCCCGACAAUGCAGCUGCCCUAGACGCUUGGUUUUCUUCCUAUGUGAAGCCGGUCGGAGGCCGUAAAGGCCUAGAUCCACUUCUUGUCGCUGCUGAGGCUAAACCUAAGAUCAUUAGGGUUAGGCAAAAGGGAGGCGGAGAUUUUAAGACGAUAACCGACGCGGUUAAGAGUAUCCCGUUAAAGAAUACGCAGAGAGUGAUUGUGGAUAUUGGUGAUGGUGUUUAUACUGAGAAAGUUACCAUCGGUGUUGAUCAACCGUUCGUUACAUUUUAUGGUUCUUCAAAGAGUAUGCCAACUCUUGCUUUUGGUGGCACUGCUAAACAAUAUGGAACUGAUGAUAGCGCCACUUUGAUUGUUAUGGGUGAUUAUUUUGUUGCUGCCAAUAUGAUUAUCAAGAAUACUGCACCAAGGCCAGAAGGGAAACCAGGAGGUCAAGGUGUUGCUUUAAGAAUAUGGGGAAAUAAGGCAGCCCUUUAUAGCUGUAGACUUCUUGGAUUUCAAGACACUUUGUGUGAUGAUCAUGGCAUGCAUUUCUACAAGGAUUGUUAUAUUGAAGGCACUGUCGAUUUCAUUUUCGGACGUGGAAAAUCUAUGUUCGUGAACACAAUGAUACAUGUGGUCAAGGAUAUAUACUUGACCGUGAUUACCGCUCAUGCGCGAUCGAUGCCAGAAGAAGAUACUGGAUUUGUAUUUGCUCAUUGUCGUAUUUCCGGUGACGGAGAUGGUGCAGCCAAUAGAAAUGGAGCGUAUUUAGGGCGAGCAUGGAUGGCGAUGCCCCGAGUUAUCUUUGCUCAUACUAGAAUGAGUAAAGCUGUCUGCCCGGAUGGAUGGUAUGACAAUGUUCAUCCUGAAAGACAAAAGACCGUGGAAUUUGCAGAAUACAUGAGUACUGGACCAGGAUAUACUCCAGGAAAGCGUGUGAAAUACAGCAAGCAAUAUACGGCUGCACAAGUGAAACCCUACCUUUCUCUUGACUUCAUUCGUGCUGCUGAAUGGCUGCUUCCUCCACCAAAACUUUAAAUUUUUUAAGUUUGCCUUCAAUGUUGUAAUGUUAUAUUCAUAAUUGAUUCUUAUGUGUAUUUAACAUUUCAACUUUCUGAUAUUGUAAUUUAUGUUUUUGUAUCAACUUUCAAAUAUUCAAUAAAUUUUCCAUCAAUGUUGUAAA